CCGGAGAAGAAACGAAACUUGGCAGCAGCACCAGCUGGGGGCUGGAUCCCGGCUCUUCCUUCCCCUUCCGGCACAAAUCCCGUGACAAUUUGUGGCUUCACAUCGUCCCCCCUCCGAGCAUCGACACCCAGGGGACACCCCAGACAUUCCCUGUGCUCGUAGCCUGGGACAAAAUCCCAAGCCAAGCUCUCGGGAGCGGGAAAUCCACCCCGAAAUCCAAGGAGCAGCAAGGAAAUUGGAUACAGAUGUGGAAAAAGGAGGGAUCCAUCCCACCCACUCCAAGGUCCUCAGCCACCUCCUCUUGUCCCCAGAGUCCCGUGUGCCAGCGUGACCCCGUGUCCCCUGUGUCCCCAGUGUCCCCCAGCAGUGUCACCAUGUGCCUGCCCCGCUGCCUCCUGCUCCUGGCCAGCCUCAUCCCGCCAGCCCUCGGCUCCUGGGGGGUCUCAUACCCCGAGUCCCUGCAGGCCAGUGGGGGGUCCUGCCUGGUUGUCCCCUGCACCUUCAGCUACCCCACGGAUGUGACAACCGCCGACGGCAUCGUGGCCAUCUGGUACAAGGACUACGAUGGCCAGCGGACGCUGGUGUUCCACUCCACCACUCCCCAGGAUGUGGAUCCCCGUUUUGGGGGUCGUGCCCAGCUCCUGGGGGACCCCAUGGCCCGGAAUUGCACCCUGCUGCUGCGGGGGGUGACACCAGGGGACAGUGGCCUCUACAGGUUCCGCUUCGAGAUCAUCAACGGCGACCGCUGGUCGGCGUCGCGGGAUGUGACCCUGAGCGUUUCGGAGGAUCUGGAGAGUCCCAGCGUCACCAGCAGUGAGGAGCAGACCGAGGGACAAAGGUCCACCUUGCAGUGCUCCACGCCCUACGUUUGUCCCGGGGGUGACAUCGUCCUGCGCUGGGAGGGCUACGACCCCCGGGUGUCCGAGGUGUCCGGCCGCAUCCAGCUGGACACCAGCGGGGUCAGCCACCAGGUGAACCUGACCAGCUCCUUCUCCUGGAAGGACCAUUCCAAGAAGCUGCUCUGCGAGGUUUCCGACGGAUCCAAGAGGGCGAGCACGGAGGUGGUGCUGCGGGUCAGGCACACCCCCAAGGACACCCGGGUGUCGCUGAGCCCAUCCUCGGGGAACAUCGGCGUGGGUGACACGGUGACGCUGAGCUGUGAGGUUGGCAGCAGCCACCCGCCGGUCUCGGGGUACCACUGGUACAAGGACGGGGUGGCCGUGGGCACCGAGCGGGUGCUGGCCCUGCGGGGCGUGCGCCGCCAGGACCACGGGCGGUACCGCUGCGAGGCCCAGAACGUCCUCGGCAUCGGGGUGUCACCUGAUGUCACCCUCCGCGUGUUCUCCGCAGAGAUCUCGGCCAGCCCUGCAGCCGAGGUGCGGGAGGGGACGGCCACCACCUUGUCCUGCGACGUCCCCGGGCGGGAGGGACAUCCCGAUGAGCUGACCUACACCUGGUACAAGAACAGCGCCUGGCUCAAGGAGGGCCCGGCGCACACCCUCCUCUUCCCCGCGGUGACCACCGGCGAUGCCGGCUACUACUCCUGCCAAGUGACCAACAGCCAGGGCAGUGACACAGCCCAGGCCAUCAGCCUCAGCGUGACGUAUCCACCCCGAAUUCCCACCCUCACGCUCUUCCAGGAGACCCAGGGUGGCCGGCUGGUCAUCAUCCGCUGCACUGUGGACAGCCACCCUCCAGCCACCCUGGCCAUCGACCGCGACGGCACCGUGCUGGCCACCAGCGGGGCGCAGGUGGCCCUGCGCCAACGGCUCGGUGUCACCGCCUCCCGCAAUUCCCUGCGGCUGGAAAUCCGGGAUGCGGGACCCCAGGAUAGCGGGAAGUACGGCUGCACCGCCAGCAACGUCCACGGCAACGCCAGUGCCACCAAAGUCCUCGUGCCCCGCGCUGCAGGGCUCCUGAUCCAGCCCUCGGCAGAGGUGACGGAGGGGACCGCGGUCACCCUGACCUGCGUGGGGACAGGGGACACGGCCGAGAAGCCGCUCUACACCUGGUACAGGAAUGGCCGGAGGCUCCAGGACACCUCAUUUCCGACCCUGGAAUUCCCGUCUGUCCGCGGAGACGACGCCGGCGCCUUCCAGUGCCAGGUCAGGAGCAGGAACAGCAGUGACACGUCGGAGACUGUUCCGCUCCGAGUGUUCUACCCCCCGAGGCAGCCGGUGCUGAGCUCGUUCCUGCAGAGCCAGGGCGGCCACCUGGGAAUCAUCCAGUGCUCCGUGGGGAGUGAUCCCGAGUCCAACCUCACCCUCCGGAGAGGCAACGAUGUCAUUGCCUGCAGCCAGGGCUGUCCCCAAGCCACCAGCCCCAGGGUCCGCGUCACCAGGUCCUACAACAGCCUGAAGGUGGAAAUCCGGGAUGUGGUAGUGGAGGAUGAGGGGAUUUACGUGUGCCAGGCUGGGAAUUCCCAAGGAAACUCCAGCGCCACUGUGGAUUUCAAGGCCGACACUGCCAAUGUCACCGUGUCCCCAUCCCCCCACGUGCUGGAGGGUGACAAUGCCACCCUCACCUGUCACCUGAGCAGCGGCUCCACAGCUGUCCCCAAAGUCACCUGGUACCACAACGGGCAGCAGGUCACCGGGGGCUCAGCCACCUCGCUGCUGCUGUGGCCAGUGGCCAGCAGGGACACCGGGCUCUACCGGUGCCAGGCCAGCACCGCAGGCAGCAGCCGGAGCUCUCCUGACAUCCUCCUGGACGUGUUGUGUGCGGAUCACCACAUUUUCCUCCCUUCCCGCGCAGCCGCCCGGGUCUGGAUCCGGCCGUCCCCAGACGUGCGGGAAGGGGACGCUGCCACCCUCACCUGCGCGGUGUCAGGAGGGGACCAGGACGUGCUGCGCUACACCUGGUACCGGAACCAGGUGUGGCUGGCGACCAGCUCUUCCCAAAAUCUCACCUUGCCUGUGGUCACCGCCUCCGACGCCGGCUCCUACCAGUGCUCCAUACAGACCCCGGCCCGGAACCACAGCGCCAUCCCUGCCACCCUCAGUGUCCUCUACCCUCCCAGGAACCUGCGGCUGCAAUCCUUCGUGGAGAGCAGCCAGGGCACGGCCACCAUCCUGCUGUGCGCCGUGGACAGCCACCCCCCGGCCCAGCUGACGCUGCUCAGGGGGGGACACCCGCUGGCCUCCAGCCCCCCCGGAGGAGGUGACACCCCCCGGCAGAGCAUCCGCGUGUCCCCCUCUCCCAACGCGCUGCGCCUGGAAUUCCGGGAAGCCUCCGAGGAGGAUGAGGGCGAAUACGAGUGCCAGGCACGGAGCGCCCUCGGCGACACCCGCGCGUCCCUCACGCUUCGCGUGCAAGCCACCAAGGUGCUGGUGCGACCCUCGGCCGAGGUGCCGGAGGGGACAGAGGUGACCCUGACGUGCCAGGCCCCUCACGCGCAGCCGGGGACCCUCUACACGUGGUUCAAGAACGGCCGGUGGGUGACAGAGGGACCCGAGCCCUCGCUGGGGCUCCGCGGCCACCGCUCCGACGCGGGGCUCUACGGCUGCCGGGCGGGCCGGGGUCCCCUCGCCGCCCCCGCCGCCCUCUCCGUGCUCUAUGCCCCGCAGGAGCCCAGCUUCGCGGCGCUGCUGGAGCCCCGCGGGGGGCGACGGGCGGUGCUGCUCUGCUCGGCCGACGGUGUCCCCCCGCCCGACAUCGCCGUGAGCAGGGGACAGGGCCACCCACCGCUGGCCACCAGCCGCGGCACCUCUGACCCCCGCUUGGAGGUCCGGGCCACCCCCACGUCGCUGCGGGUGGCGAUGGCGGGGCUGGAGCCCGGGGACGCGGGGCUCUACCUGUGCUCGGCCACCAACAGCCGCGGCUCGGCCACCGCGUCCCUGCGGCUGGAAGUGACAGGGGUCACGCUGACGGUGGAGCCCUCGCAGGAAGUCCCCGAGGGCACCAGGGCCACCAUGAGCUGCGAGGCCACCGCGUGGGGUGACAAAGGCGUCAACUACACGUGGUACCGGGACGGGCGGUGGCUUUGGGAGGGACAGUCCAGUUCCUUCGUCCUCAGCCGCGUGUCCAGCGCUGACGCCGGCUCCUACCAGUGCCAGGCCAGCGGGACGUGGGGCACGGCCACCUCCGCCCCCACCAGCCUCAGUGUCCUCUACCCUCCUCGGGCCGUCUCGGUCAGCACCUUCCUGGAGAACCGCGACGGGCGCGGGGCCAUCGUGCUGUGCACGGCCGAGAGCCACCCGCCCUCCUGGCUGGCCCUGCACCACCGCGGCCACCUCCUGGCCACCAGCCUGUCCCCUGCUGCCACCCCGGGGCUCCGCGCCGUCCCCUCACACAACGCCCUGCGCCUGGAGCUGGUGGCCAUGGGGACAGCGGCCGGGGGACGCUACGUCUGCGUGGCCACCAACGCCCUGGGCAACGCCACGGCCAGCGCCGACUUGGAUGUCCACACUCUCAGACACCUGUGGACCUACCGGCUCCUGUCCGGGCUGCUCAUGGCCAUCGUGGCCAUCACCAUCGUGGUCCUGCUGGCCAUGAAGGAUCAGGAGGUUCCGGAGCUGGUCCCGUGCCGAGGACACCCUGGAGCUGAGGAGCAAACAGGACCUGUCACAGAUGGACGGAGCAUCCUGACCUGGCGGCUCUUGGAUCCCAGACCUGCUGUGCCCGCUGGAAUUUCCCAAUCCUGGCUGGAUCCAGGGACUCCCCUGGGGAUCCCCCAGCCCCAUUCCAGCCCCUCGUCCCUUCCCGAUGGAUUCCGGUCACCGCCUCACAUGCCAGGCACCGGUGACAGCUCCGGGCUGGGAAAUCCCGGGAAAAUAAUAAAAUCCAACCUCCGAGUGCCGGGAACAUCCUGUUUGUCACCACCGUGCUCCUGUCCCUUCUCCCUGCGCUGGAGAGGGGGACACAAGCCACCCGUGUCCCCUUGGUGCCCGGCAUGA